AUGUUUUUAACACGAAGCGAGUACGAUAGAGGUGUCAGCACGUUCUCGCCAGAAGGAAGAUUGUUCCAGGUGGAAUAUUCCUUGGAAGCAAUCAAAUUGGGAUCCACAGCAAUUGGAAUUGCAACUUCUGAAGGUGUGAUUUUGGGCGUGGAGAAAAGAGUAACUUCGUCAUUAUUAGAACACACUUCUAUCGAAAAAAUCGUCGAAAUAGACAGCCACAUUGGCUGUGCCAUGUCAGGCUUGACGGCAGAUGCUCGGUCCAUGAUCGAUCAUGCUCGUGUAUCUUCGUUGACUCACAACCUAUACUACGACGAAGAGAUCCAAGUUGAAAGUCUAACACAGUCUGUUUGUGAUUUGGCUUUGCGAUUCGGUGAGGGUGCUGGAGGUGAAAAGCGGCUCAUGUCUCGUCCAUUUGGCGUGGCUCUUCUCAUAGCUGGUUUCGAUAAGGAUAAAGGACCCCAGUUGUACCAUGCUGAGCCUUCCGGAACCUUUUAUCGCUACGAUGCCAAGGCAAUUGGUUCCGGCUCUGAGGGUGCCCAGGCGGAGCUCCAGAACGAAUACCACAAGUCCAUGACGUUGAAAGAGGCCGAGGUGUUGGCAUUGAAGAUUUUGAAACAAGUGAUGGAGGAGAAGUUGGACUGCAAGAAUGCUCAAUUGGCCAGUGUCACGGCUGAGGGGGGCUUCAGAGUAUACACUGACGAGGAAACGGAUGAAAUUAUCAAGGUGAUGCAAGAACAACACCAGGAGGAGUCGUAA